AUGUACAGCAAUAAGAAACGAUUCAACGUCGACUCACCGAGCUUUACCCCCUCCCUCUUAACUGGCAAUGGCACAUCUGCUCCAAAGAAAUCGACAACGAUUUCUCCAAAGGCUGCGAGCGCAGCUCCGUUCCAGCCCCGAGUUUCGGCCUCAUCCCGCUCCAGCACGAGUACUCCGACGGGAAGACAAGAAGUAGGAACUCCCGACUGGACGGUGGCGGAUGUGCAGGAGUUUGUUCCUCAGGGCUUUGAUGGCGCUCACGUGGUAAGUCGGCCCCUGAGUGCCCUGGCUGAUGAUUUCGACCCUAUCCACGAACGAAACCAUGGCAGCCAUCGCAGUUUCAGCCUCGGCCUUUAUCCCGCUAACCUGUCUGUGCAGGGGCCUCUUCAAGGCAAUGGGAACGGGAUCGCGAACUCCGGUGCUUUUGACCCAUUCGUCACAGCCUCCACUCCUCUGUCUGCCGCAGGAGCCGUUGGCCCGGUCUCGGCCAACCCGUAUGCUCACGACCCAACUGCUGCACUUGGAGCAGGAGCUUUCUUUGCGAACCAAGGAGGCUUCCAGCAGCCGGUCCAAUAUCAUCUCUAUGCCCCAAUCGGCCCUCAUAACCAGAAUACCCUGGGCUAUCAGCGGAACGUCCAUGAUCUUUUCCUCCCUAACGACUUCCGGGAAGAGCUCCAGAAGAAGGCGGCAGCUACCCUACAAACUCUCCCUAUUCCUUUGGAUCUCAGCCAUCAGAAGAAUGCCGCAACCUUCGGCUACCCGAGCUGGGUGUACAAAGCGCAGUCCAGCAAAGACGGGAAUUUUUACGCUCUUCGAAGACUUGAAGGGUUCCGCUUGACCAACGAGAAGGCAAUUCGGUCGGUCCAGGCAUGGAAGCGCGUUUGCAACGGCAGUGUGGUAACCGUCCACGACGCAUUUACUAGCCGUAGCUUCCAGGAUAGCUCCCUCAUCUUCGUCACCGACUAUCACCCACUAUCCAAGACACUUGCCGAACAACAUCUGGGCGCCGGAAACCGUUUCCAAGGUCGCCAAAACAACACCCAUAUCCCCGAGCAGGUCCUCUGGGGCUACAUGACGCAGAUUGCGAACGCACUUAAGUCGAUCCACACCAACGGUCUCGCUGCUCGAGUGCUUGAGGCCAGCAAAGUUCUGCUGACCGGCAAGAAUCGCAUCCGCCUGAAUGCCUGUGCCGUUCUGGAUGUGGUUCAAUUUGACUCGCAACGGACCGUGGCGGACCUGCAACGGCAGGAUCUAGUCAAUUUCGGGCAAUUGAUCGUCACUCUGGGUGCUAACUCGCCGAAUGUAAUGCACAACCCCACCAAGGCGAUGGAGCAUUUCACUCGCGCGUACAGCCCUCAACUGAAGAACUCAGUCUUUUGGCUGUUGAACGGGCUACAGAAAGACCAGGAACGGACCAUCGAUCUCUUUAUUACUGGCAUCUCCUCCCAGUUGAUGUCAACCUUCGACUCGGCUCUUCAUCUGGACGAUCAACUCACGUCAGAUCUCAGCCGCGAACUCGAGAAUGGACGUCUGGUGCGCCUGAUGACCAAAUUGAACUUUAUCAAUGAGCGGCCCGAAUACGAGCAUGACCGACAGUGGUCUGAGAAUGGCGAGCGAUACUUCUUGAAGAUCUUCCGGGAUUACGUCUUCCACCAAGUUGAUGCUUCUGGGGAUGCCGUCCUCGACCUCGGACAUGUGCUGACCUGUUUGAAUAAGCUCGAUGCCGGGUCUGAUGAGAAGAUUACCCUUGUGAGCCGCGAUGAACAGAGCUGCUUCAUUGUCAGCUACAAGGAGAUCAAGAAAGCGUUGGAGUCAUCGUUCCAGGCCCUCAUGAAACCUACCAGAAGGAUGCAUUAA